GAGCGUCUUCAGAAGGAGCAGCUGCAGACAGCCCAGUCUCAGUACUCUCGCUGGCUGAGGAAGGUGCUGCCUGACGAACGACAUACUUCCACGCCAACCUGCAGCCGAGUCCCACAGUUCAGCUGCCACAUGGGCGGGGCCGACCCAGGAAAGCUGCAUGACAUGCUGAAGGAUCAACCAAUGAAAUACUCCCUCAGGAAACCUGGCCUCACCCUCAAGGUAGGGAACAGGAGUAGGGACAGGAGAUUUACCUGUUCAGGAAACACUCCUGCCCCCAUUAAUGGACAAUCACAGAAAACCAAAAGUAAUGUUGAGGGGGAAUUACAGAACAUGGCAUCAUGUUCUUCCCAUGUGGUCCUCUGUAGCUCAGCUGGUAGAGCACGGCGCUUGUAACGCCAAGGUAGUGGGUUCGAUCCCCGGGACCACCCAUACACAAAAAUGUAUGCACGCAUGACUGUAAGUCGCUUUGGAUAAAAGCGUCUGCUAAAUGGCAUAUUAUUAUUAUUAUUAUGAAAUACAGUAAGUGUUGUCUUGCUCCUUGAGCCAGAGAUGUGUGAUAACGUGUGUGUCAGAGAUGGCAGAAGUAGGGGGACGGCCGUACCCCCUGGUUUCAAGUUCAGAUGGGAACAGGAGCCUUAUUGGACAGGAGCCUUGUUGGACAGGAGCCUUAUUGGACAGGAGCCUUGUUGGACAGGAGCCUUGUUGGACCGUCCUCGCUCCGUCCUAACCGUCCUCACUCCGCUAUCUCCCCGGUCCCUAACCGCCCUCGCUCCGCUAUCUCCCCGGUCCCUAACCGUCCUCGCUCCGCUAUCUCCCCGGUCCCUCACCGUCCUCGCUCCGCUAUCUCCCCGGUCCCUAACCGUCCUCGCUCCGCUAUCUCCCCGGUCCCUCACCGUCCUCGCUCCGCUAUCUCCCCGGUCCCUAACCGUCCUCGCUCCGCUAUCUCCCCGGUCCCUAACCGUCCUCGCUCCGCUAUCUCCCCGGUCCCUAACCGCCCUCGCUCCGCUAUCUCCCCGGUCCCUAACCAUCCUCGCUCUGCUAUCUCCCCGGUCCCUAAUCGUCCUCGCUCCGCUAUCUCCCCGGUCCCUAACCGCCCUCGCUCCUCUAUCUCCCCGGUCCCUAACCGUCCUCGCUCCGCUAUCUCCCCGGUCCCUAACCGUCCUCGCUCCGCUAGAGAAGCUGAAAUGAAAUACAAAACUUGACCAAUGUCAACUACACUGAACAAAUAUAAAAAUGCAAAAUGUAAAAUGUUGGUCCCAUGUUUCAUGGGCCGAAAUAAAAGAUCCCAGAAAUGUUCCAUAAGCAUAAUUGUGUUUACAUCCCUGUUAGUCAGCAUUUCUCCUUUGCCAAGAUAAUCCAUCCACCUGACAGGUGUGGCAUAUCAAGAAGCUGAUUAAACAGCAUGAACAUUACAAAGGUGCACCUUGUGCUGGGGACAAUAAAAGGCCACUUUAAAAUGUGUAGUUUUGUCACACAACACAAUGCCACAUAUGUUUUGAGGAAGCGUGCAAUUGGCAUGCUGACUACAGGAAUGUUCACCAGAGCUGUUGCCAGGGAAUUGAAUGUUAAUUUCUUUACCAUAAGCCAUAACCUCACAACCGCAGACCACGUGUAACUACGCCAGCCCGGGACCUGCACAUCUGGCUUCUUCACCUGCGGUAUUGUCUGAGACCAGCCACCCGGCCAGUGGGUGAAACUCUGGGUCGGUAUUGUCUGAGACCAGCCACCCGGCCAGUGGGUGAAACUCUGGGUCGGUAUUGUCUGAGACCAGCCACCCGGCCAGUGGGUGAAACUCUGGGUCGGUAUUGUCUGAGACCAGCCACCCGGCCAGUGGGUGAAACUCUGGGUCGGUAUUGUCUGAGACCAGCCACCCGGCCAGUGGGUGAAACUCUGGGUCGGUAUUGUCUGAGACCAGCCACCCCGGCCAGUGGGUGAAACUCUGGGUCGGUAUUGUCUGAGACCAGCCACCCGGCCAGUGGGUGAAACUCUGGGUCGGUAUUGUCUGAGACCAGCCACCCGGCCAGUGGGUGAAACUCUGGGUCGGUAUUGUCUGAGACCAGCCACCCGGCCAGUGGGUGAAACUCUGGGUCGGUAUUGUCUGAGACCAGCCACCCGGCCAGUGGGUGAAACUCUGGGUCGGUAUUGUCUGAGACCAGCCACCCGGCCAGUGGGUGAAACUCUGGGUCGGUAUUGUCUGAGACCAGCCACCCGGCCAGUGGGUGAAACUCUGGGUCGGUAUUGUCUGAGACCAGCCACCCGGCCAGUGGGUGAAACUCUGGGUCGGUAUUGUCUGAGACCAGCCACCCGGCCAGUGGGUGAAACUCUGGGUCGGUAUUGUCUGAGACCAGCCACCCGCCAGUGGGUGAAACUCUGGGUCGGUAUUGUCUGAGACCAGCCACCCGGCCAGUGGGUGAAACUCUGGGUCGGUAUUGUCUGAGACCAGCCACCCGGCCAGUGGGUGAAACUCUGGGUCGGUAUUGUCUGAGACCAGCCACCCGGCCAGUGGGUGAAACUCUGGGUCGGUAUUGUCUGAGACCAGCCACCCGGCCAGUGGGUGAAACUCUGGGUCGGUAUUGUCUGAGACCAGCCACCCGGCCAGUGGGUGAAACUCUGGGUCGGUAUUGUCUGAGACCAGCCACCCCGGCCAGUGGGUGAAACUCUGGGUCGGUAUUGUCUGAGACCAGCCACCCGGCCAGUGGGUGAAACUCUGGGUCGGUAUUGUCUGAGACCAGCCACCCGGCCAGUGGGUGAAACUCUGGGUCGGUAUUGUCUGAGACCAGCCACCCGGCCAGUGGGUGAAACUCUGGGUCGGUAUUGUCUGAGACCAGCCACCCGGCCAGUGGGUGAAACUCUGGGUCGGUAUUGUCUGAGACCAGCCACCCGGCCAGUGGGGUGAAACUCUGGGUCGGUAUUGUCUGAGACCAGAAACUCUGGGUCGGUAUGUGACCCCCGGCCAGUGGGUGAAACUCUGGGUCGGUAUUGUCUGAGACCAGCCACCCGGCCAGUGGGUGAAACUCUGGGUCGGUAUUGUCUGAGACCAGCCACCCCGGCCAGUGGGUGAAACUCUGGGUCGGUAUUGUCUGAGACCAGCCACCCGGCCAGUGGGUGAAAACUCUGGGUCGGUAUUGUCUGAGACCAGCCACCCCGGCCAGUGGGUGAAACUCUGGGUCGGUAUUGUCUGAGACCAGCCACCCGGCCAGUGGGUGAAACUCUGGGUCGGUAUUGUCCUGAGACCAGCCACCCGGCCAGUGGGUGAAAACUCUGGGUCGGUAUUGUCUGAGACCAGCCACCCGGCCAGUGGGUGAAACUCUGGGUCGGUAUUGUCUGAGACCAGCCACCCGGCCAGUGGGUGAAACUCUGGGUCGGUAUUGUCUGAGACCAGCCACCCGGCCAGUGGGUGAAACUCUGGGUCGGUAUUGUCUGAGACCAGCCACCCGGCCAGUGGGUGAAACUCUGGGUCGGUAUUGUCUGAGACCAGCCACCCGGCCAGUGGGUGAAACUCUGGGUCGGUAUUGUCUGAGACCAGCCACCCGGCCAGUGGGUGAAACUCUGGGUCGGUAUUGUCUGAGACCAGCCACCCGGCCAGUGGGUGAAACUCUGGGUCGGUAUUGUCUGAGACCAGCCACCCGGCCAGUGGGUGAAACUCUGGGUCGGUAUUGUCUGAGACCAGCCACCCGGCCAGUGGGUGAAACUCUGGGUCGGUAUUGUCUGAGACCAGCCACCCGGCCAGUGGGUGAAACUCUGGGUCGGUAUUGUCUGAGACCAGCCACCCGGCCAGUGGGUGAAACUCUGGGUCGGUAUUGUCUGAGACCAGCCACCCGGCCAGUGGGUGAAACUCUGGGUCGGUAUUGUCUGAGACCAGCCACCCGGCCAGUGGGUGAAACUCUGGGUCGGUAUUGUCUGAGACCAGCCACCCGGCCAGUGGGUGAAACUCUGGGUCGGUAUUGUCUGAGACCACCACCCCGGCCAGUGGGUGAAAACUCUGGGUCGGUAUUGUCUGAGACCAGCCACCCGCCCAUGGGUGAAACUCUGGGUCGGGUAUUGUCUGAGACCAGCCACCCGCCAGUGGGUGAAACUCUGGGUCCGGUAUUGUCCUGAGACCAGCCACCCGGCCAUGGGUGAAACUCUGGGUCGGUAUUGUCUGAGACCAGCCACCCGUCCAGUGGGUGAAACUCUGGGUCGGUAUUGUCUGAGACCAGCCACCCGGCCAGUGGGUGAAACUCUGGGUCGGUAUUGUCUGAGACCAGCCACCCGCCAGUGGGUGAAACUCUGGGGUCGGUAUUGUCUGAACCAGCCACCCGGCCAGUGGGUGAAACUCUGGGUCGGUAUUGUCUGAGACCAUCCACCCGCCAGUGGGGUGAAACCUCGGGUCGGUAUUGUCUGAGACCAGCCACCCGGCCAGUGGGUGAAACUCUGGGUCGGUAUUGUCUGAGACCGCCACCCGGCCAUGGUGAAACCUGUGGGUCCGGUAUUUGUCUGAGACCACCACCCGGCAGUGGGUGAAACUCUGGGUCGGUAUUGUCUGAGACCAGCCACCCGGCCAGUGGGUGAAACUCUGGGUCGGUAUUGUCUGAGACCAGCCACCCGGCCAGUGGGUGAAAUCUGGGUCGGUAUGUCGAGUCCAGCCACCCGGCCCCCGUGGGGAACUGGUCGGUAUUGUUCUGAGACCAUCCACCCGGCCAGUGGGUGAAACUCUGGGUCGGUAUUGUCUGAGACCAGCCACCCGGCCAGUGGGUGAAACCUCUGGGUCGGUAUUGUCUGAGACCAGCCACCCGGCCAGUGGGUGAAACUCUGGGUCGGUAUUGUCUGAGACCAGCCACCCGGCCAGUGGGUGAAACUCUGGGUCGGUAUUGUCUGAGACCAAGCCACCCGGCCAGUGGGGUGAAACUCUGGGUCGGUAUUGUCUGAGACUCAGCCACCCCGGCCAGUGGGUGAAACUCUGGGUCGGUAUUGUCUGAGACCAGCCACCCCGGCCAGUGGGUGAAACUCUGGGUCGGUAUUGUCUGAGACCAGCCACCCGGCCAGUGGGUGAAACUCUGGGUCGGUAUUGUCUGAGACCAGCCACCCGGCCAGUGGGUGAAACUCUGGGUCGGUAUUGUCUGAGACCAGCCACCCGGCCAGUGGGUGAAACUCUGGGUCGGUAUUGUCUGAGACCAGCCACCCGGCCAGGUGGGUGAAAACUCUGGGUCGGUAUUGUCUGAGACCAGCCACCCGGCCAGUGGGUGAAACUCUGGGUCGGUAUUGUCUGAGACCAGCCACCCGGCCAGUGGGUGAAACUCUGGGUCGGUAUUGUCUGAGACCAGCCACCCGGCCAGUGGGUGAAACUCUGGGUCGGUAUUGUCUGAGACCAGCCACCCGGCCAGUGGGUGAAACUCUGGGUCGGUAUUGUCUGAGACCAGCCACCCGGCCAGUGGGUGAAACUCUGGGUCGGUAUUGUCUGAGACCAGCCACCCGGCCAGUGGGGUGAAACUCUGGGUCGGUAUUGUCUGAGACCAGCCACCCGGCCAGUGGGUGAAACUCUGGGUCGGUAUUGUCUGAGACCAGCCACCCGGCCAGUGGGUGAAACUCUGGGUCGGUAUUGUCUGAGACCAGCCACCCGGCCAGUGGGUGAAACUCUGGGUCGGUAUUGUCUGAGACCAGCCACCCGGCCAGUGGUGAAACUCUGGGUCGGUAUUGUCUGAGACCAGCCACCCGGCCAGUGGGUAAACUCUGGGUCGGUAUUGUCUGAGACCAGCCACCCGGCCAGUGGGUGAAACUCUGGUCGGUAUUGUCUGAGACCAGCCACCCGGCCAGUGGGUGAAACUCUGGGUCGGUAUUGUCUGAGACCAGCCACCCGGCCAGUGGUGAAACUCUGGGUCGGUAUUGUCUGAGACCACCACCCGGCCAGUGGGUGAAACUCUGGGUCGGUAUUGUCUGAGACCAGCCACCCGGCCAGUGGGUGAAACUCUGGGUCGGUAUUGUCUGAGACCAGCCACCCGGCCAGUGGGUGAAACUCUGGGUCGGUAUUGUCUGAGACCAGCCACCCGGCCAGUGGGGUGAAACUCUGGGUCGGUAUGUCUGAGACAGCCUCCCGGCCAGGGUGGGGGGGGGGGUGAAACUCGGGUCGGUAUUGUCUGAGACCAGCCACCCGGCCAGUGGGUGAAACUCUGGGUCGGUAUUGUCUGAGACCAGCCACCCGGCCAGUGGGUGAAACUCUGGGUUUUGCACAACCGAAGAAUUUCUGCACAAACAGUCAGAAACCAUCUCAGGGAAGCUCAUCUGAGUGCUCGUCGUCCUCACCAGGGUCUUGACCUGGUCGCAAGGAUCUGUACACAAUUCCUGGAAGCUGAAAAUGUCCCAGUUCUUCCAUGGCCUGCAUACUCACCAGACAUGUCACCCAUUGAAUUGACGUGUACGACAGCAUGUUCUAGUUUCUGCCAAUAUCCAGCAUCUUCUCACAGCCAUUGAAAAGGAGUGGGACAACACAGGCCACAAUCAACAGCCUGAUCAACUCUAUGCGAAGGAGAUCUGUCGCGCUGCAUGAGGCAAAUGGUGGUCACACCAGAUACUGACUGGUUUUCUGAUCCACGCCCCUACCUUUUAAAACAAGUUAUCUGUGACCAGAUGCAUAUCUGUAUUCCCAGUCAUGUGAAAUCCAUAGACUAGGGCCUAAUGAAUGUAUUUCAGUUGACUGAUUUCCUUCUAUGAACUGGAACUGUUUCUAUUUGUGUUCAGUAUAGAUUGUUGAUGGUAAUAAUCAUUCUAUCGAUCUGCGACAUCAUUCUGGUGACCAAGGCCUUAUUUAGUAUUCAACAGCAUCAUAACCCUAACCCAACUAAUGACAGAAGAGAAGCAUCCAAUUACAGAAACCUACUGAAUGUCGGUAGAUAGAGGUGUUAUGAUCUAAAUGUCGGUAGAUAGAGGUGUUAUGAUCUGAAUGGGGUUUAGAAAAGGUUUUUACCCCAUCGAAAAAUCCUUCCAACAUCUCUGGUAAUGUGUGUGUACUUAUAGUAUGAUAAUGUGUGUGUACUUAUAGUAUGAUAAUGUGUGUGUACUUAUAGUAUGAUAAUGUGUGUGUACUUAUAGUAUGAUAAUGUGUGUGUACUUCUAGUAUGAUAAUGAGUGGCGCAGUGGUCUAAGACACUGCAUCGCAGUGUUAACUGUGUCACUAGAGAUCCUGGUUCGAAUCCAGGCUCUGUCGCAGCCGGCCGCGACCGGGAGACUCAUGGGCGGCGCACAAUUGGCCCAGCGUCGUCCAGGGUAGGGGAGGGAAUGGCCGGCAGGGAUGUUGAUAGAGCAUGGCGUUUGCAACGCCAGGGUUGUGGGUUCGAUUCCCACGGGGGGCCAGUAUAAAAAAAAAAAAAAAAAAUGUAUUCACUAACUGUAAGUCGCUCUGGAUAAGAGCGUCUGCUAAAUGACUAAAAUGUAAAUGUAAAUGUAAUAAUGUCUGUGUACUUCUAGUAUGAUAAUGUGUGUGUACUUCUAGUAUGGUAAUGUGUAUGUAUUGUGUUACAGCCCAUGCCGGUACUGUCAGUACUGCAACAACCCCAGCAGCUCUCCAGGUCGGGCCAUAUGUCCUUCGCCCCGGGACCGUUCCCGGACCACAGUCUGAGCUGGGAUGAGAACACCAUCCCCCGACAACCCUCACACUACAACAAGUACCACUUUACGUAAGUUACCACGACCACCCUCACUACAACAAGCAACACUUCACAUACAUUACCACGACAACCCUCACACUACAACAAGUACCACUUUACGUAAGUUACCACGACCACCCUCACUACAACAAGCAACACUUCACAUACAUUACCACGACAACCCUCACACUACAACAAGUAUCACUUUACGUACGUUACCACAAUCAUCCUCACCACAACAAGUAACAGUUCAUGUACAUUGGAUUGCCCUUUGUUGGCUAUGCACCUUUUAACCCCAUAGAGUUGAUUUCCGAGGCCCCGCAAAAAUUAAUUAGCAUAAUAAAAACAAUCCGCUUUUGCAUUGGAUGCGUCUCAAUGCACUGCAUCCGCCUAUAUAACACUUCCUCAUCUGCGGUGAAAGGUGGCAGAGCUAGAGCGCUGUUUGUUAGUCCAUGACACAUCCCGGAAAUCGGUCUUCUCAUGAAAACGUCUGUAGCGUCCGAACGGUUUGGGCUACAAACUACUGUAAAGAUGAGACUCUCACGAACACCAUGAUCUCCGUUUUGCUCCACGACCCCCUACAAGCGUCUUGGGACCCGUCUGAAGUCGGUACAACCGAUCUGCCAACUUCUGUCUGUAGUGUCUGAACAGUUUGGGCUGCACACUAAUAUGACCCCUCUGUGGAAAGGUGAGUCUCUCAUGAACAUGUCGGUUGAUUUGUUCUAGGACGCCCACAAACCUCAGAAGACUCGUCUGAAUGUUCCCCGGUACCAGUUGAAAAAAUGUAUGGAAGUACACUACCGGUCAAAAGUUUUAGAACACCUACUCAUUCAAGGGUUUUUCUUUAUUUGUACUGUUUUCUACAUUGUAGAAUAAUAGUGAAGACAUCAAAACUAUGAAAUAACACAUAUGGAAUCAUGUAGUAACCAAAAAAGUGUUAAACAAAUCAAAAUAUAUUUUAUAUUUGAGAUUCUUCAAAUAACCACCCUUUGCCUUGAUAACUUUGCACACACUUGGCAUUCUCUCAACCAGCUUCACCUGGAAUGCUUUGCCAACAGUCUUGGAGUUCCCACAUAUGCUGAGCACUUGUUGGCUGCUUUUCCUUCACUCUGCCGUCCGACUCAUCCUAAACCAUCUCAAUUUGGUUGAGGUCGGGGGAUUGUUGAGGCCAGGUCAUCUGAUACAACACUCCAUCACUCUCCUUCUUGGUAAAAUAGCCCUUACACAGGUCAAUGUCCACUUGAAAAACCAAUGAUAGUCCCACUAAGCCCAAACCAGAUGGGAUGGCGUAUUGCUGUGGCAGCCAUGCUGGUUAAGUGUGCCUUGAAUUCUAAGUAAAUCACAGACAGUGUCACCAGCAAAGCACCCCCACACCAUAACACCACCUCCUCCAUGCUUUAUGGUGGGAAAUACACAUGCAGAGAUCAUCCGCAUGUGAAUGAUUCCAUAUGUGUUAUUUCAUAGUUUUGAUGUCUUCACUAUUAUUCUGCAAUGUAGAAAAUAGUAAAAAUAAAGAAACACCCUUGAAUGAGUAGGUGUUCUAAAACUUUUGACCGGUAGUGUACACUCCUGACUCUAACCGUUACCUAACCCUCCUGACUCUAACCCUUACCUAACUCUAACCCUUACCUAACUCUAACCCUUACCUAACCCUAACACUCCUGACUCUACAAUUACCAGUUCAUGUAUGUUACCUCACAACCUUUGUACAGUGAGGGGAAAAAAGUAUUUGAUCCCCUGCUGAUUUUGUACGUUUGCCCACUGACAAAGAAAUUAUCAGUCUAUAAUUUUAAUGGUAGGUUUAUUUGAACAGUGAGAGACAGAAUAACAACAACAAAAAUCCAGAAAAACGCAUGUCAAAAAUGUAUAUAAAUUGAUUUGCAUUUUAAUGAGGGAAAUAAGUAUUUGACCCCCUCUCAAUCAGAAAGACUUCUGGCUCCCAGGCCUCUUUUAUACAGGUAACGAGCUGAGAUUAGGAGCACACUCUUAAAGAGAGUGCUCCUAAUCUCAGUUUGUUACCUGUAUAAAAGACACCUGUCCACAGAAGCAAUCAAUCAAUCAGAUUCCAAACUCUCCACCAUGGCCAAGACCAAAGAGUUCUCCAAGGAUGUCAGGGACAAGAUUGUAGACCUACAAGACCAUCGCCAAGCAGCUUGGUGAGAAGGUGACAACAGUUGGUGCGAUUAUUCGCAAAUGGAAGAAACACAAAAGACUGUCAAUCUUCCUCGGCCUGGGGCUCCAUGCAAGAUCUCACCUCGUGGAGUUGCAAUGAUCAUGAGAACGGUGAGGAAUCAGCCCAGAACUACACGGGAGGAUCUUGUCAAAGAUCUCAAGGCAGCUGGGACCAUAGUCACCAAGAAAACAAUUGGUAACACACUACGCUGUGAAGGACUGAAAUCCUGCAGCGCCCGCAAGGUCCCCCUGCUCAAGAAAGCACAUAUACAUGCCCGUCUGAAGUUUGCCAAUGAACAUCUGAAUGAAUCAGAGGAGAACUGGGUGAAAGUGUUGUGGUCAGAUGAGACCAAAAUUGAGCUCUUUGCUAUCAACUCAAUUCGGCGUGUUUGGAGGAGGAGGAAUGCUGCCUAUGACCCCAAGAACACCAUCCCCACCGUCAAACACGGAGGUGGAAACAUUAUGGUUUGGGGGUGUUUUUCUGCUAAGGGGACAGGACAACUUCACCGCAUCAAAGGGACGAUGGACGGGGCCAUGUACCGUCAAAUCUUGGCUGAGAACCUCCUUCCCUCAGCCAGGGCAUUAAAAAUAGGUCGUGGAUGGGUAUUCCAGCAUGACAAUGACCCAAAACACAUGGCCAAGGCAACAAAGGAGUGGCUCAAGAAGAAGCACAUUAAGGUCCUGGAGUGGCCUAGCCAGUCUCCAGACCUUAAUCCCAUAGAAAAUCUGUGGAGGGAGCUGAAGGUUCGAGUUGCCAAACAUCAGCCUCGAAACCUUAAUGAGUUGGAGAAGAUCUGCAAAGAGGAGUGGGACAAAAUCCCUCCUGAGAUGUGUGCAAACCUGGUGGCCAACUACAAGAAACGUCUGACCUCUGUGAUUGCCAACAAGGGUUUUAUCACCAAGUACUAAGUCAUGUUUUGCAGAGGGGUCAAAUACUUAUUUCCCGCAUUAAAAUACAAAUCAAUUUAUAAAAAUUUUGACAUGCAUUUUUCUGGAUUUUUUUGAUGUUAUUCUGUCUCUCACUGUUCAAAUAAACCUACCAUUAAAAUUAUAGACUGAUCAUGUCUUUGUCAGUGGGCAAACGUACAAAAUCAGCAGGGGAUCAAAUACUUUUUUCCCUCACUGAAUACCAUACACACUAACAUUAGUCACAACAUAAUCUCAGAAUCUAUUAAAGUAAUAAAGAACUUUCUAGAUGCUAAAUACAUCUACAAGACAGUGAUAUAGAUUAGUAGCAGAAAAUAAAUAUGGGCGCUAGCGGAGAGCUAUAGGUGCCAUAGGUCUGUCUUAAAGCACCAUGAAACAUAAGUGUGAUGUCACUUCCUGAAGGGAGUUCCUGAGGCAGAGGUCGUUCCAGUACAAGAGGUCAGCUCCACCCCUAACCGAUGAAGAGAGACGUAUCCACGUCUUCCAGAAACACCCAGCCCCCUGUGACACCAGACAAACCGCUGGAACCAGCCAAUCACAGCCAGCCCGGAGAAUUGUAGAGACUCAGACCUAUAGGGAUGUCACCCUGCACGUCAACUGAGGAAAACCCCAUGCUUGAGUCCCAAAUGGCAUCCGAUUCCCCAUACAUGGCUCUGGCCAAAAGUAGUGUACUGUAUAGGGAAUAGGGUGCCAUUUGAGAUGUAACCUCAGACUGAAACCACACUACUCCACUACGGAUGACAAAUGUGAAAAAUCCACACUUUAAUAGAAUAAAUGGCCAGUAUGUUCCAACCUCUUCAUCAUCAGUACCCAAAUGGCACCCUAUUCCCUAUGUAGUGCACUACUUUUGAACUAUUAUAGGAAAUAGGGUGCCAUUUGGGACUCAGAGAAGGUCAUUGUAGUCACUUGUGUGUGUUAUUAUAAAUGGUAUAUACAGUAUUAAAUCUUAUCAAGUGUUGAGUUGCGUUUACACAACACUGGAGUAGAGGCAAUGGAUGGAACGUUAGUAGCAUGACUGGCGGCCCACAACAGGACACCCAUUCCAGUCCCAAAUGGCACCCUGUUCCCUUUAUAGUGCACUACUUUUGACCAGAGCCACAUAGGGCUGCUACAUAUGGCCCUGGCCCAUAACAUGCAGAGCUCUGGUCAAAAGUAGUGAUUAGGACACUAUGAGAGGCUGGUCCUGCGUGUCUCCUCCAAUCACAGGGUUCCGUUGUUCUGUUCAGGUUCUAGAAGGUUCUGUCCAGAGGGGGGGAACAGAUAUACUGUAGCUUCUCUUCUCCAGAACCUCCCUGGCGAUUUUCUUGGUUCUCAGGAGAAUCUGGAAACAAUAGAGCGCUUCAUUACAUACAAACAUCCACCACAUUCAUUCAUCUAAUAAAACAAUGUUGUUUUUUCUCUCCAGGGUUUUUUCUAGAUCAAAAAGGGUCUUAGGUGGCCAGGGGGCGUGGUCUGAGUUUGAGAUAACAUUUUAGAGGCCCCCAUCUUGGCGUUGGAGAGAAACUUUAGCAUUUUUAAGCCAAUUUCCUGCAAUUCUACACAUUUCUCCAUGGAGAUGAGAUACAUUUUUCAGUUUUAAAGCUAAUUUCCUUCAAACUUUUUUAAAAAUCUAUUUUAUAUUUAUAUUCACUCAAUGUUAUGUUAAAAAUAAAAUAAAAAAAUUACUACAAUUUUGAAUGCAGCAGUUUUACAGUGACCUUCAUGACCUGGCUUAUGUAUUAGAACAAUAACCUUUAAGAAUAACAUUGGCAAUUGGGUGGAAACCCUCUUUAAAGUACUUGAGUAAAAAUCCUUUAAAGUACUACUUAAGUACAAUUACUCUACAAUGACCAGUUGAUGCAUGUUACACCUCACAGCCUUUGUACACCAUACACACUAACAUUAGUCACAACAGAAUCUCAGAAUCUAUUAAAGUAAUAAAGAACUUUCUAGAUGCUAAAUACAUCUACAAGACAGUGAUAUAGAUUAGUAACAGAAAAUAAAUAUGGGCGCUAGCUGAGAGCUAUAGGUGCCAUAGGUCUGUCUUAAAGCACCAUGAAACAAAGUACUUUAAAGUACUACUUAAGUAGUUUUUUGGGGUAUCUGUACUUUACUAUUUAUAUUUUUGACUACAUUUACUUUUACAUUCCUAAAGAAAAUAAUGUACUUUUUACUCCAUACAUUUCCCCUGACACCCAUUUCGAAUGCUUAACAGGACAGGACAAUAGUCCAUUUCACACACAUCAUGAGAACAUCCAUUGGUCAACCCUACUGCCUCUUAUCUGGCAUACUCACUAAACACAAAUGCUUCGUUUAUAAAUAAUGUCUGAGUGAUGGAGCCAUAAAGCCCCUGGCUAGCCAUAAAUUUAAAAAAAACUAGAAAAAUGUUGGCCCCGUGUAGCUCAGUUGGGUAGAGCAUGGCAUUUGCAACGCCAGGGUUGUGGGUUCGUUUCCCACGGGGGGCCAGUUGGUAGAGCAUGGCGUUUGCAACGCCAGGGUUGUGGGUUCGUUUCCCACGGGGGGCCAGUUGGUAGAGCAUGGCGUUUGCAACGGCAGGGUUGUGGGUUUGUUACCCACGGGGGGCCAGUAUGAAAAAUGUAUGCACUCACUAACUGUAAGUCGCUCUGGAUAAGAGCGUCUGCUAAAUGACUAAAAUGUAAAUUAAGAUGUGGGACAAUAUAUAAUUAGCAAGUCUAUUCCGCUCCAGCAGCUGUCCACAAUUCAACAGUGGGAACAUUAUUAUUAUUAUUAUUAUUAUUAUUAUUAUUAACAUGGCGGCUCUCAACACCAACAGAAAGAGCUGGACGUUACUAUACCAGAGAUUAUUUUUUAGGAGAUUACCUCUGCCUUCGACUUACAAUUAAUACCUGUAAAUGUAUCAUUGGCAGUGUUCACUGCUAAAGUGGAUACCUAUUCAACCAAAAUGGGAAGUCUGUAGAAGACAGCCAAUGGGACAGAGGUGUGACUCCAUGACCUGGAAACAGUGAGCUGUUGGAAGGGAUAAUCAAUCUCAUAAAAGAGAAAACAGAAUCACUCAAAUCAUUCCAGUAAAUUCUAUGUGCGGGUCACAGGACUUGAAACUGGUGAGGAAGUGGGCAACCCAGCUUCCUUCAUGACAAUCUUUUCUAUGAACUGUUUGGCCAGGAGAUGCUGGGUCCCAUGCCGCUGGUUAACAUUGAGCACUGCACAGGGCCGCUCCAGAAUGGCUUUCGCUGUAUGAUUGUACCAGAUCGAGUCCUUUUUAAAAGAGAAGAACUCUUCUUCUCUCAACAGAGGAAGCCGGCUCGCUGGGAGCCCAGAUCUCUCUCUGUGAACUCAAAAGGGCAUCGGAUAACAUGAAAAAAGGCAAAUCACCUGGUUUUGAAGGUAUUCCUCCUGAGGUCUAUUUAAAAUGUUGGAACCAAUUAGGUCCACUGUUAGUUGAAAUUAUGAAAACAGCCGUUCACAAAGGUUCAUUUGGAAGGGAUGUAAAUACAGCACUAAGGACGCCACCCAGUGUUCUCACUAUUGCCCCCUAUCUUUGAUAAACACAGAUAUUAAACUAUUUUCUAAAAUUCUGUCCCGUUUCGAAACUUACUUACCCAAAUUGGUACAUCUGGACCAAAGCGGGUUUAUUAAAAAAUGAUUAUCCUCAUAUAACCUCUGUCGUCAAUUAUACUGAACAAAACUAUAAACGCAACAAUUUCAAAGAUUUUACAGAGUUACAGUUCAUAUAAGGAAAUCAGUCGAUUGAAAUAAAUAAAUUAGGCCCUAAUCUAUGGAUUUCACGUGACUUGGCAGGGGCGCAGCCAUGGGCCCACCCACUAGGGAGCCAGGCCCAGCCAAUCAGAAUUAGUUUCUCCCCACAAAAAGGCUUCAUUAUGUGGAGGUCCUGGCCUGGCCUGGAGGUGGUUGGAGGUUGUGAGGCCAGUUGGACAUACUGACAAAUUCUCUAAAACAACAUUUUGAGGCGGCAUAUGGUAGAGAAAUUAACAUGCCAAUUGCACGCUCCCUCAAAACUUGAGACAUCUGUGGCAUUGUGUUGUGUGACAAAACUGAACAUUUUAGAGUGGCCUUUUAUUGUCCCCAGCACAAGGUGCACCUAUGUAAUGGACAUGCUGUUUAAUCAGCUUCUUGAUAUGCCACACCUGUCAGGUAGAUGGAUUAUCUUGGCAAAGGAGAAAUGCUCACUAACAGGGAUGUAAACAAAUUUGUGCACAACAUUUGAGAGAAAUAAGCUUUUUGUGUGUAUGGAACAUUUCUGGGAUCUUUUAUUUCAACUCAUGAAACAUGGGACCAAUACUUUACAUGUUGCAUUUAUAGUUUUGUUCAGUAUAUAUGCUAAUCCCUCAGCCAUAGUAAUGACAGGCAAUACCUGCUCUGUUCCGUUCAGAAUAGCUAGAAGUAGCAGGCAAGGUAUCUCAAUCUCUCCCAAAAGCUUUAAAGAUCAUAGACAAAUUCAGUUCCAUCUCAAGUUAGAAAAUACAUCUAACCAAAAUCAGCCUCUCAAGAUGACUCCAUCUCUACUUAUGGAAUCCCAGUCGUUUCCCAUUUUAAAUAUUGGGGAAUAAAUAUAUUUCCUUCCUUAGAAACUUUUAACAGAACGCUGAAAUCAAUUAAAUCUGACCCCAGUAGAUGGAAUAACAUCCCAGAUGCUUUAACCGGCAGAAUAUCUAUUGUCUAAAUGAAUAUAUUGCCACGGCUGAAUUUCUGUAGUUCAAUGCUUCCCCGUGGUCCUCUGUAGCUCAAUUGGUAGAGCAUGGCGCUUGUAACGCCAGGGUAGUGGGUUCGAUCCCAGGGACCACCCAUACGUAAAAAUGUAUGCGCACAUGACUGUAAGUCGCUUUGGAUAAAAGCGUCUGCUAAAUGGCAUAUUAUUAUUAUUAUUAUUAUUAUUCCCUUGUCUCCGCCUUCUGGCUGUUCGGAUAAAGUCAAUAGUACAGUUUCAAAAUGUAUAUGGCAAGGUAAGCGAGCUCGGAUAAAACAAACGGGAAAGAAGUAGGAGGACUAUCCAUAUUUCCAGGCACUAGCAUCUCGCCCAUCCUAACUCGCCCCCUGGAUGAGUAUAGAGCGAAAUAUGGUGUCUCCUAUUGCCCUGGAAGAGAUGGUCUUCACUGAUAUGCCACCAGAGGUCUCUUCACAGUCCCCAAGUCCAGAACAGACUAUGGGAGGCGCACAGUACUACAUAGAGCCAUGACUACAUGGAACUCUAUUCCACAUCAGGUAACUGAUGCAAGCAGUAAAAUUAGAUUUAAAAAACAGAUAAAAAUACACCUUAUGGAACAGCGGGGACUGUGAAGCAACACAAACAUAGACACAUGCAAUCAAACACAUGAUAACAUAUGCACUAUACACAUACACGUACACAUGGAUUCUGUGUUGUAGAUAUGUGGUAGUAGAGUAGAGGCCUGAGGGCACACACUUAGUAUGUUGUGAAAUCUGUUAUGAAUGCAUUGUAAUGUUUUAAAAUGUAUAACUGCCUUAAUUUUGCUGGACCCAGGAAGAGUUGGCAGCAGCUAAUGGGGAUCCAUAAUAAAUAUAAAUACAAAUAUAUCCCUUAAACCUAUUAUUGCUCACAACAUUUAUAUUUGGUGAAAAAUGUUUUUUUUAAACUAUGUAACUGAGAAUCAAAAUGUCCUUCAGUAUUUCACAAUAACGCCUUGUGAUCUGGAUGACAUGUUGGAUGGGUGGGGUUGGUGGAUGGGUUGGGGUUGGUGGAUGGGCGGGGGUUGGUGGAUGGGCGGGGUUGGUGGGAUGGGCGUGGGUUGGUGGAUGGGGCGGGGGUUGGUGGUUGGGAUGGGCGGGGUUGGUGGAUGGGCGGGGUUGGUGGAUGGGCGGGGUUGGUGGAUGGGGCGGGUUGGUGGAUGGGCGGGGUUGGUGGAUGGGCGGGGUUUGGGGUGGGGGGGUUGUGUGGGGGGGGUUUGGGGGGGCGGGGUUUGUAUUGGCGGGGUUUUUGGAUGGGGGGGUUUUUGGAUGGGGGGGGUUGGUGGAUGGCGGGUUUUUGGUGGGGGGGGUUGGGGUGGGCGGGGUUGGUGGAUGGGGGGGGUUUGGGUGGGGCGGGGUUGGUGGGUGGGCCCAUUUUUUUUUUCCCCCGUUUUUAUUGUUUUUUCACUUAAAAUCUGGGAAGGUUUUCUUCUGUUUUUUACUUUUCUUUUGAGUGGGGCCCAAAAAAAUGUUUAUAAAUAAUAAAAAUACUGCAUAAAAGGGAUUUGUCAUUAUGAACUACGUUAAAUCGAAAAAAGUUAUUGUCCAUGAACCCAAUCAACAGGUGUAAACCUUACGUGAAAUGCUUACAAAACCCUUACCAAAAAUGCAGGUUUUUUGAAAAAAGUGUUAAAAAAAAAUUUUAUGAAAAAAAAUAAAAAAAAUAAAUAUCAAAAAAACAAAUAAUUAAAAAGCACAUAAAAAACUAGGGGGGCUAAUACGCUAUAACGGGGUACCAUACGGCAAAAUACAGGCUAUAUACAGCAUAUCAGGGGGUCCGGACAGAGUCAUAUAUACUUAACAGGGGUAAAACCCGGGACAGACAAUUAACGGCUAUAUAAGGGUACCGGGGCGGUCAAAAUACGGCUAUUCAGGGGGUACCUACGAUCAAUAUCGCUAUAUACAAGGGGGCCGGGGCAGAUCCCAAAAAUACAGGCUUAUACAGGGUCCGGACAGAGUCAAUAACAGGCUAAUACAGGGGGGACCAUCGAGUCAAAAUACAGGCAUAUACAGGGGGGACCGGGACGAGUCAAAAUACAGGCUAUUACAGGGGGACGGGACAGAGUCAAAAACAGGGUAUAAAAAGGGGGUCCAUACAAAAAGGGCCAAAAACCGGCUUAAAACAGGGGACCCCGGACAGAGCAAUUAAACAUAUCGCUAAUACAAAAGGGGGGCCGUCAGAGUCAAAAUCAGGCAUAUACAGGGGGGACCCCCGGCAGAGUCAAAUAAAGGGUAUAUACCUUUUUAUACGGGGGGGACCGGUACGAGUCAAAAUAUGGCAUAUACGGGUACCGGGGCAGGUCAAUAACAGGGUUUACGGGGUACCCCGGGGCAGAGUCAAAAUCGGCUAUAACAGGGGGGACCAAAACAGUCAAAUACAGGGUUUUACAGGGGGCCGGGAAGAUCCAAAACGGCUAAUACGCUAUAUACAGGGGGGACCGGUCAAGCUAACGCUAUAUCAGGGGUCCGGAAAAAAGUCAAUAUAAGGGUUUUCACUAUUAAAAGGGGGGCCGGUACCGAGUAAUAUACGGCUAUAACAGCUAUAUACAGGGGGACCGGUACAAAAUCAAUAACAGGUAAUACAGCAUAUACAGGGGACCGGUACAGAGUCAAUACAGGCUAUAUCACUUAUACGGGGGGACCGGUCGAGCAAUAUCAGGGAUUCAGGGGGGGGAAAACCGUCAGAGUCUAUACAGGGUAAUACCUAUUACAGGGGGUACCCGUAAGAGUCAAUAUACGGCUAUAAAAGGGGGGACCGGAAGUCAUAUACAGGGUAUUCAGCUAUAUACAGGGGGUGCCGGACAAAUCAAUAUACGCUUAUACCAUAAUACGGGGGGACCGGUACAGAUCAAAAUACGGGUUAUACGCUAUAUAAAAGGGGGCCGGGACAGAGUCAUAACAGGGUUAUACAGGGUUAUCGGGGGGUACCGGUACAGAGUCAUAUACAGGGUAUAUACCUAAAUCCGGGGGGACCAUAAAGAGCAAUAUACAGGGUUAUAAAACUAUAAAACAGGGGGGCCGGUACAGAGCAAAUACAGGCUAUUUAAAAGCUAUAUCAGGGGGGGCCGGGACAGAUUCAAAAACGCAAAAAGGGGGUACCGGGACAGAGUCAAUAUACAGGCAUAUACGGGGGGACCGUACAGAGUCAAAUCGGCUAUAUCAGGGUACCGGUAAAGUCAAUUCGGCUUUCCCAUAAAAGGGGGUACCGGGCCCAAACAAUAUACAGGCUAAUACGGGGGGCCAUACAGAGUCAAAAUACGACUAUAACGCUAUAACAGGGGGUACCUUACAAAAUCAAUAUCAGCAAUACAUAUAUACGGGGUACCGGUACGAUCAAUAACAGGCUAUAUACGCUUAUCAGGGGGGGCCAGUACAAUCAAUUAAAGGCAUUACACUUAACAGGGUACCCUCAGAUCAAAAAUUCGGGUAUUAAGGGUUUUCAAAGGGGGUACCAGUACGAUCAUAUAAGGGUAUAUACACUUAUACGGGGGUACUGGUCAGAUCAAAAUACAGGUAAUACGCUUUUACAGGGGGACCAUACAGAGCCAAUAUCAGGUAUUCAGGGGGGGCCGUACAAAUUUAAUAUACAGGGUUAUACAGCUUAUCAGGGGGGGGCCCCUACCGAGUCAAUAUACCAUAUACAGGGGUACCAGUACAGGUCAAAUACAGGCUAUAUACAGCUAUAACAGGGGGUCCGGUACAGAGUCAAUUAAGGGUAAAAAAGCUAAUACAGGGGGGACCGCCCAGUCAAUAUAAACCAUAUUUACCAUAAAAUCAAUAUACAGAUUAGGUAACAGGGGGGGCCUACGAUCAAUAACAGGCUAUAAUACCGGGCUAAUACAGGUUUGGGGGAAAACCGGGACAAUCAAAAAGGAUUACAUUUGUUACGGGGCAGACAAUCUAUCGGGAUAUCCCUUUUUAAACCUACAAGUCUUACAAAGGGUAUAACAGGGGCCUAAAUCCAAAAUACAGCUAUAUCAGGGGGUACCAGUAAGAGUCAAAUAAGGGUAUAUACUAAUAAGGGGUCCGGUACGAGUCAAAAUUUCAGGGAAUUCAAGGGGUACCGGGGCAGAGCAAUAUCCGGGGGAUAUACAGGGGGGUACCCUAAAGUCAAAAUACAGGCAUAUCAGGGUAAUUUCAGGGGGGGACCGGGACAGAGUCAAUUACAGCUAUAAACAAAGGGGGACCGGGACAAGUCAAUAUACAGGCAUAUACAGGGUAAUUUCAGGGGGACCGUAAAAAGAGUCAAAACGGCUAAACAGCUUAUACAGGGGGGCCUACAGAUCAAAAAUAUAACAGGGGCCUUUACAGCUUAUACAGGGGGUACCGUACAGAGUCUAUACAGGGUAUAUCGGGUAUAACGGGGGACCGUACAGAGUCAAAAUACAGGGUAAUUUCCAAACAGGGGUCCCCAGAUCAAUAACAGGCAUAUACCAAAAGGGGGUCCCUACAGGUCAAAACAGGCUAUAUACAGGGGGCCCAAGGUUUUUCAGGGAAAAAUAUAUACAGGGGCCCUAAAAAAUAACGGCUAUAUACAAAGGGGGGACCGGGACAGAUCCUAAACAGGCUAAUAAGCUAUAACAGGGGGCCGGGACAAUCAAAAUCAGGCUAUACCGCUAAUACAGGGGGACCAUACGAGUCAAUUACGGGGUAUAACAGGGGGGACCGGACGAUCUAUCAGCUAUAUAAAAAGCUAUAACAGGGGGACCGGUACAGAUCAAAUACAGGCUAUAUACAGGGGGUACCGGUACGAGUCAAUCAGGCUUAAAACAGCAUAUAAGGGGGGACCGGUCAAGUCAAUAACAGGGUAAUUAAUCAGGGGUACCGUUUCAGGUCAAUAACAGGUAACAGGGGGACCUACGAGUCUAUCAGGCUUUUACGCUAUUACAGGGGGUACCGGUAAAAGAGUCAAAUAACAGGUUUGCUAUAUACGGGGGGCCCGGGACAGGUCAAAAUAAGCUAUCACUAUAUCAAGGGGGGACCGGUACAGAUCAAUCAGGGAUAUACAGGGGGGGCCGUUAACAAAACAAGAAAAGUCAAAAUACGGCUAUAACAGGGGGUACCAAGAUCAAAUACAGGCUAUAUCAGCUAAACGGGGGGAAAACCGGGACAGAGCAUUACAGCUAUAUCACUAUAUCGGGGGACCGGGCAGAUCAAAAACAGGGGAAUACAGCUAUAUACGGGGUCCGGACAGAGUCAAAAUACAGGCUAUAUACAAGGGGUACCGGUACAGAGUAAAAUACAGGCAAUAAGCUAUAUACAGGGGUACCCAAAACAGAGUCAAAAUACGGCAAUACGGGGGGACCGGGACAGAGUCAAUAACAGGCAUAUACAGAUAUUAACCGGGGGGGCCGUACAGAGUCAAAAACAGGUAUAUACAGCUAUAACAGGGGGUCCCGGGACAAGUCAAUAUACAGGCUAUAUACACUAUAUACAGGGGUACCGGUCAGAGUCAAUAUACAGGCUAUUACAGGGGGGGUUAAAAAUCCGUACAGGUCAAAUCAGGCAUAUACAGCUAUUACAGGGGUAAAGUAAAGUCAAUAUACCUGGGUAUAUACAGGGGGUACCGGUCAGAUCAAAUUUCAGGGUAUAUACCUAUUCCGGGGGGCCGGUACGAGUCCCAAAAUACAGGCUUUAAUAUACAAACUAUAAGGGAAAAAAGGGGUCCGGUCCAAAGAAUUCAAUUCAGGGGCCUAAAAAUAAAGCUUAUCAGGGGGGACCGUACGAUCAAAAUACAAUAUAUACAGCUAUAUCGGGGGGGGGGUCAGAUCAAAAUACAGGGGUAUAUACAGCUAUAUACAGGGGGUACCUACAAAAUCAAAAUUAAGGGAAUCAGCUUAACAGGGGGACCGUACAAUCAAUAACGCUAUUACGCUUAACAGGGGGACCUUACAGAGUCAAAAAUUUAAGGGUAUAUCAGGGGUCCUCAGAGUAAUAUAAGCUUAUAACAUGGGUACGGUACAGAGUAAAAUACAGGGUAUAAACAGCUAAUACAGGGGGGACCGUACAGGCCCAAAAUCGGGUAUAACAGGGGUACCAUUUGAGUCAAUAUACAGGCUAAUUCGCUAUAUACAGGGGGGACGGACAGAGUCAAUUAAAAGGCUUCCAAAAGGGGUACCGUACAGAUCAAUAUCAGGUUACAGCUAUAUAAAAGGGGGGACCGGGACAGAGUCAAUCAGGCUAAUACAGCUAUAUACGGGGGGACCUUUUCAAAUCCUUAAAAGGCUUUUCGGGGGUACCAUACAGAGUCAUAUCAGGCUUAUACAGCUAAUACGGGGGGGAGGUACAAGUCAAUACGGCUAUAUCAGGGCCCAAAAAAUACAGGGGGUACCGGGACAGACAAUAUCCAUGCAUAUAAGGGGGUACCAGUACAGGCAAAAACAGGCUAACGGGUAAUACGGGGGUACCGGACAAUAAACAGGUAUUACAGGGGUCCGGUACAGGCAAACAGGCUUAAAAGGGGGGUACCGUACAGAGUCAAUAAAAGGGUAAUACAGCUAUAACAGGGGGUCCGGGACAGAGUCAAAAAUUUCCAUAUCAAGGGGGACCGGAAAAGUCAAAAUCAGGCUAUAUACAGCUAAAUUUCCGGGGGGUUUUGGUUUUCAGGCAUAUACGGCUUUACGGGGGGACCGGGACAGAGUCAUAAACCUUUGCUUUUAAAAAGGGGGGCCGGUACAGGUCAAAAAACAGGCAUAACAGGGGUAUAUCAGGGGUACCAGUACAGAGUCAAUAUACAGGCUAUUCGGCUUUUACAGGGGGUACCGUAAGAUUUAAUAUACAGGGUAAUAAGGGGGGGGCCCGGGACAGUCAAAAUAUAACAGCUUAUACAGGGGGGACCGGGCAAGUCAAAAAUCGCUUAAUACGGGUACCGGGACAGAGUCAAUACCGGGUAAUACAAAAGGGGUACCGUACAGGUCAAUAUACAGGCUAAAUCUAUUAAAGGGGGGGCCAGUAAAAUCAAUAUCGGGUAUAUACAGCUAUAUGGGGGGGAGGUACGGUCAAUAUACAGGGUUUUUCAGCUAAUACAGGGGGGGCCGUACGAGUCAAUAUACAGGGUAUAUAAAGGGGGGACCCCUAAAGUCAAAAAAAGGCUAUAUACGGCUAUAACAGGGGACCCGUUCAGGUCCCCCCAAAUUUCACUAUAUACAGGGGGGACCGGUACAAGUCAUAUACGGGAUAUACAACUUAUACAGGGGGGACCCUACAGGUCAAUAAGCUUUACAUAAACAGGGGGUACCGUAAGAGCAAUUAAACGGGUUAUACAGCUUAACAGGGGGUACCGUAACAAAAAGGUUUUCAUAUCAGGGCCUAAAAAAUAUGGCUAUAUACAGGGGGGGACCAGUACGAGUCCAAUUUCCCGCAUUAAAAGCAUAACAGGGGGGACCGGUACAAGUCAAAUAAGCUAAUACGGGGGUACCAGUACAAGUCAAUAUACAGGCUAUAAAUUACAAAGGGGUACCGUAAGGUCAAUAACAGGCUAUAAAACGGGGGGUACCGGGAAGAUCAAUAUAAAAGGGUAUAUCGCUUUUAUCAGGGGCCCCUACAGAUCAAUAUACGGGUAUUACCUAUAACAGGGGGUACCAGUACAGAUCAAUUGGCUAUAAAAAAAGGGGACCAUACAAAAUCAAUAUACAGGCUAUUACGCUUAUAAGGGGGUCCGGGCAAGUCAAUAUAAGCUAUAUACAGCUAUUAAAGGGGGGACCUACAAGUCAAAAACAGGCUUUAAAUAAAACGGGGGGCCGGACAGGUCAAAUACGGCUAAUACCGCUAUAUACAGGGGGGGUCCGGUACAAAAGGGAAAAUACAGGCUUUAAGGGGGGACCGGGAAGGUCAAAAACAGGCUUUACAGGGGGGGUAAAACUUCCAACAGGGUUUUCGGGGGACAGAACCCAAUACAGGGUAUCCUUUAAAAAGGGGGUCCGGGGACAAGUCAAUAUACAGGGGUUUAAAAGCUAAUACGGGUACAUACAGUCAAUAUCAGGCUAUUAAACUAUAUACAGGGGGGACCCGUCAGAGCAAAACGGCUAAUUUCAGGGGGGGACCAACAGGUCAUAUACACCGAUUACAAAAAGGGGGACCGGUACAGAGUCAUAAAGGCCUUUAAUACAGGGAUAUACAAAGGGGGGGGACCUCCGAGUCAAUAUAAAGGCUUUUUCACUAAUAAACAGGGGGGGGCCCCUACAGAGUCAAUUACAAGCAUUACAGCUAAAAUACGGGGGUACCGGGAAAAAAGUCAAUAACAGGCUUAAAGGGGUUUUCCGUUUCAGAGGGCAAAAUUACACUAUAUACAGGGGGGCCGGGACAGAUCAUAUCGGGUAUACAGCAUAACAGGGGUACCGUACAAAUCAAUUUGGGGGGCAAACAAUAAUUAAGGGGAUAUUUCAGGGGGGGGUAAAAUAAAGAAAACAAUAACCGGGGCCCCUAAGCUUUCAGGGUCGUCUUGGGGGGUAACGGUUAAACCUUUUUGGGGAAAAGGGCAAAUAAGUUUAGUUAAAAACCACCCAAAAAAUUUGGGUAUAACCCUUAAACAAGGGGGUAAAGUAGGAUUUCCCCCCAAAACCGGCUGCCUAAACAAACAAAGGUUUUUUGGGGAAAGAAAAAGGGGUCACCCAACAGGCCCUUUUUUUUAAAUAUUUUUUCCCCUUUUUUUGAGCCCGGGGGAAAACCGGGAAAAAAAAUC